AUGAAGAAGGCCACACGAGGCACCACCGGCGACAGCGAAGACAGCGAUGCGUCUGAUGGCCGCGGCGGUGUGACGAGGGCGAACUCAUCUAAGCGACGACACCGGCGGAAGGCGGCCGCGGCGGCCAACUCGUCCAACUCGACCUCCACCACCCCGUCGUCGUCGCCCACGCCAGCGCCCGUGCUCACCUACGCCGCGGUCGCUUCCGCCUCCGUGUCGUCGUCGACCUACAGCAACGCGCUUCCUCCAGCACCCACGCUGGCGUCGCCUUCGACGACAACGUCGGCGCCGUACGCCAACAGCACGACGACGAAUGGACACACCCAGCCCGCCGAAGAGCGAAGCGAAACGACAAAGGAGCGAAGACGACGAAGGGGAGGACCCAAAGGCGGCGGGAAGCGGAGAGAUGCGAGCGAGGGCGACGGCGAGGACGAAGGCGGCAGAGAGCUAGCCUCGAACGGCCGUGCCUCGUCAGUGGCGGCGGCGACGCCGAAGAAGGAGAAAGGGAAGGACAAGGCCCAACGCAGGAGGAAGAGCGUCGGCGAAGAUGGCGCUUAUGAUGAUCUUCGACAGGCUGCCGGCUUCAACGGCUACGACAACAAAACAAACGAAAACGAAAAAGAAGAGGAGGAGGAACAGGAGGACGAGCAAGAGCAGGAGCAAGAACUAGUAGAGCAGGAUGACGAGAAGGUGGCGCUCAUUUUGUCGCGAGCGAGGGAAGACCAGUUCUCACCCUACGCCUACUACAUGGCGUCGAUUCCUUCCGGAGCGUUCAAGCAGCAGGAUGCAGGGAACGGGUACGGCGGUCCGCAGCCGCCAGCAGUCGCGCAGAGUGAGGAAGAGAACUCUCCCUAUCUCGAGAUCGACGGUGUGCUGCCCAAUUUGCGCAAUACCACCAUCACCGCGCCUCACGUGAGUGCCAGUGCCAGCGCCAGUGCCCGCAGCGGCUUCAUCGGCUCGUACUACGCCGACCAACAGGACGCCUACUUUGCGUGCGACAGCGCCCUCAACCUUGUGCCGACUAACCGCGACGGCCAAGCUGGUGGUGACGAUGGUGACCGAGGCUACGGACGCGACGCUACCCCCGGCGGCGGGCGGCCAGUACCGGCGCGCAGGCCCGUCUAUUCUGACGUGGACUUGCGCGAGCAGGAGACCGGUAACACGAUCUAUUCCUCCAACACCGAACCGCUGUCCGCACGGCCACCUCGCAAGAAGAAGAGGAACAGAAAGCCCAGGAAGCAGGACGACGACAGCUACCUGGAUCGGGCCAACGAAGACGAGCACAGCUCCUCCUCGACCCAGCCCUCGCACUCGCAGGACGAGCGGGAAGACGACCCUAACUACGACAAUGCCCGCGACAAGAAGACGAGGAGAGAGCAGCAGCCGCCGGAACGCCGAAGACGAGCGCCGUCGUCGGGUUCGUCGUCGUCAUCGUCUGCGAGAGCGCGCGGGGUGAGCCUCGACAGCCGCAGGCAGACGGGAGGAGCGACGGCGGCCGCGGCCGCGGCGUCGGUGGUGGGCGGAAGCGUGGGUGCGUCGACUGAAAGCGGCCGCUGCGGGUAUCCCAUGGCCUGGAACGCCGAAUUCCAAAAGAUUCUCGAGCUCCCGCAGGACGACGAACAGCAGCAGCUCGAGAAAUUCGAGAGACUCAGUGCGCUGGCGGCCGACUUCCAGCAUACGGCCAAAACGUGCGGCAAGAUCAUCAUCAGCGAGAAGAACCUGCCCAACGAAUUCAAGACCAUCCGGGCGGUGGAAGUUGGGGGACAUGCCGGCGGGCAGAAGUACAUCUACCACGGCAUCCUGUUCAAGUUUGCCACGGACUGGCUCCGGCUCUAUGGCAGCGACGAAUACGCCAUUCCACCAAUCACGUCUGACUUCCAAUACUGCUUUAGGAAGGCAGCCGGGCUCGAACUCAAGGGCGCCAUGCGAUACUACCUGUGCGAAGGCCUGUCCGUGCCUCUCAUGGCGCUGAUUGAUUACCGGGGCUAUCGUCUGGUGUGCGUGUCGAUUCUCCCAAUCAACACCACCACCUUGUGCUACGGCUCCUGCGAUGGCGGCAAAAAUGUGUUCGCGUCGGAUGAGCGGAUGAAUGCGCGGAUGCGGCAGGCGGCGGCCAGGCUCAAUCUCAAGGGCCACAUGGCCGGCGUGAACCGGGCCAAGUCCCGCCAAUUCCUCUACGGCCCCGCCGACAUCGAGGGGCAUCGAAGCUGGCAGGACAACCGAUACUAUGUGCUCGACUUUGCCCGAGCGGAAGCAGAUGUGCUGAAGACGUUCCUGUACCGUCUCUUCCGCCCCGAGUUCAUCAAGACCUACAGCACGCCCCUCUCCUCGGACGCCUUCUCGCCCUUCGGUGGACCCGAGAACGAAAAGGAGGGGCAUAAUGCCGAGGUGCGGGAGGCAACGCGCUAUCUGCUGGAGACCACCAUCCCGGCGUUUGCGCGGUGGCUCGACGAGCAGCACGUCCUCAACGAAUCCUCGCCAGAUGUCCUGCUGGGCAGCCACGCUGGCAAGAUCGACAUCGAGGCACAACUCACCGAGCUCCUCCACAUGGAGGGCAUCAAUUGUAGAUAUCUGGGCCGGGUGUGCAACGUUGUGAAGUGCAAGAAGGUGAAGAAGAUCAUCAUCCACGAGAUGCUUGGCCGCGUCGUGAAGAACAAGCUGCGCGCCCGGUUGCGCGACGUAAACUCGACCUCCGAGCUCACGCAGAACGUCUACCGCAAGUGCGUCCUCGAAUUCCUCAACCUCCUGCUGGGCCAGGACCAAUUGAUGGCGGUAGUGUGCUUCUGGCAGAAGGAGAUGAAGGAGGGCCUGCGCACUCAGUUCGAUUUUGUGCUGGAGAACGACACCCUGCGACAGCUCAGGGAGGACACCGACAGCAGCAGCAAGGGGAAGGGGCGCGGCAACACCCACGCCGACCCCUACGACGACGACGACGACGAGGACUCCAACAAGGGAUCCUCAUCGGAUGAGCUCGAGGAGGAGGAAAAGGACGAACUGUACUUGUUGCGGACUGUGGACAUGUACAAACUGUUUAAGCGCAUCGAGCAGCUCACGGGCGUCACGUUCUCCAAGCAAUCCAAGCGCGAGCUCAAGAUCAACUCGCGCGGCUUCAAGCUCGUCGUGCCUGACAUCGUCAAGAUGUCCGCCAAGGCGAAGCACAUGAACAUCGUUUCGCUGGCCGAGGGCAACUCGCUGUGGAUUCAGGCCAAGAAGAGCGACACGAGGGAGACCGAGGAUCGGCUCUUCCGGCUGGUCAUGUCCAAGUUCGAGGCCUCGAUUCGGUCAACGCCCGACAACCGCGACACCCUCAACAACUACGCCGACGUCCUCUGUCAAAAGGCCAACAAUUCCAUCGGGCACGACACGUACGCGUACUUGGCCAAGGCGUUCGAGAAGUACAAGAUGGCGCGCAGCUACGAGGCCAUAUUCAAGCUCGGCAACAACGUGCAGAACCUCACGCCGGAGGUCUGGCAGAACAACGACCAGCUCCUACGCCUCUCCUCCCUCUGCUACCAGGCCCUCCUGUCUUCCUCGCCCUCCUUCUCUUCAUCUUCUUCAUCAUCUUCUUCUUCCACAUCGUCGGCCGACGGCUUGUCGUCCAACUUCGCGUCAUCGGGUCGUCGUCGCUCGAGUAUCUAG